AUGUCCAUCUUUGGCUGGGGAUCCAGCUCCAAAUCCGAUGCCCGCUCCUCGUUCCAAGAAAGCACACCGUCAAGUCAAGGCGCAGCCCCCUCUUCCACACCCACAGUAACUGAACCAUCGACACAAUUAGCCCAACAAUCAAAACCCAAAGAUAACACCGGCUUGAAACUCUUCCUCGGUGGCAUCGCCUUUUCCGCGUUCUCUGUCUACAUUACCCGCCGCGCAAACAUUCGGAAGCAACUCGCAUGUAUCCCACCCUUCUACUCGAGCUCACUUUACCACCAACCGAAUGUGAAUGGCGCGAUGGAAGCCUUUGAGGCGCUCAAUCUCGCGACGAUCAAUGUGUUUUCCUUUGGCAUGUUGACUCUUGGCGGAACCAUGUAUGCAUUGGAUAUUAAUGGAAUUGAGGAUGCGCGGAAGAUAAUGAGGAGCGGUCUCGAGGGUACGGCCCAGGGCAAGUCUGAUGAGGACCUCGAGAACGACGUCCAAGAGUGGGUGGCUAGUGUUCUCGGAAACCGGUUCGAGAAGCAAUUGGAGAAGGAGCGCGCUAAGAAGAGGGAUGUUCCCGAAGACAAGGAAGUUUGA